AUGGGUCCACGCACAAAAACUCUGCAGUGCAACGGUUGUGAUCAUUGGCUGCACCUAGGUUGCAAUACGGUCAGCCCCAAAGUGUACGAUUUACUGUGCUCAUUUAAAUCGGAUUUCCUCAAAGUGAUUUAUGACAAAUGUGCUGUACUAUUUAAUUCGGUGGCUCCAAGGCGUGUGGCAAUGCGUACCUCCAAUGUUGAUUCACCAGUCAUCCCCAUACCCAAUGAGCCUUCACUACCGGAAGUUACUUCGCUCACUGACGUCCAGCGGCCGAUCAGCUCAUUGAAUUACGCGGAUGUUGUUCGCUCCCAACGUCCUGUGAUGACACGAAGCAAGAGACCCAGACCAUCUGACACGUCCGAAGUCCCAUCACAACCCGAACCUUGA